AAUGAUGAAUACGAUUGUCUCAUCUGUUUAAACAUUACAGUCAAACGAAAUCCCCUGUUGACUAAAGUCUGUGACCAACCAUUUGGCGCAAACAAAGUGCUCGAAGCCAUGUCCACAAUGAGGAUAAUCUUCGGCGAAUCAGUUCGCUUUAAGUUCUUAGUCUCGAUGCUUAACUCAUCGCAUAAUUGCUCGUCUAAUGGUAUUGAAUACAAUGCACUCUCGCUAUUGAAUGCAAUUCUUAGCAAAACGAGUAGUCGUGAGGAAAGGAUACGACUUCAGUGCGAACUUCGAGAGGCCGGCCUGGAUGUCGACUCCUUUGAAAAAGCUCUGAUCGAAAGGAAUAUCUCAAAGAAUGAAUUAAUAUGGAAAGAGAUCCAAACAUUUCGUAUCCAAUACUUGAAACUAAAUGAUACCAAAAUCCAAAACAACGGCAAUAAGGAUGAGCUGAAAGAAGAGGUGCAGAUCUUGCAGAGGGCUCUCAAUAAACUGGAAGCCGACAAAAUCAGUUUAAUGACGAUUGAGAAAGAAUUGAAAGAAAAAUGUGAGGAUUUGGAGCAAGAAGUGGAUCACUUGAAGACCAAAUUCAAUGUCUUAAUACCUGUUGAUAAGAAAGUAUCGCAACGAACGGGCAGUGAUAACGGAACGGGAGAUUCGGGUCAAUGGAGUGAUUGUGACAUUGAAACCAAUAAAUUAAAUCCCAAACAAAAAGCUAUUGCAAAGGAUUUGAAUAAAAAUAGUUAUAAUUGCGAUCAGAAUAUGAGGAAUGAGGAGGAAUUCAUUUAUGUGCCGGCAAUACAUCCGCCCAAAGAUUUUGCUCAUUAUGUCAAACAAGAGGAAACCCGUUGGAAACAAAGACAGAGGAAUACCAGUCGUGAUGUGACAGAGGAGAUGGUGUCCAACAUUAAGCCACAUGUUGUGGACGUUUUGCCGAAAUACAGAUUUGACAAAACAAAUGACAAAUACUCGGAAUCAUCGAUUGGAACCGAUAGAGAAAAUUCGGAACUCAUUCUUAACUGGAAUUACUCUAAAAUGGAUGAUAAAACUGGUGGUCAAGAGAGUGAUAAGUAUGAGACACAUAGAGCUCUGUCGCGAUCUAUGAAUCACAUCCAUUACAUGAGUAACAGUCAUAAUGAGGACAGAAGUGAUAUCCGAUCCUCAAAUUCACAGCAUUUAUCACAUUUGAAUGGAAACAACAACUUCUCUCUGAACACUCAUUUCAAACCCAUUGACAGCUCAUUAAAACAGGAUUUAAGUCAAAGUAAUGGUUCGCUUGCAUCGGAUCGGAAUAAAAAGAAAAACAUAAAGUCUUCACUUCAGUCCUACUUCUUUGCCGGACACGGAAAUUGUGGUCUCUAUUCGGGUUCUCGACAUAAGAUCACUAAUGAAACGCUUCCCCGCAAUGUGUGCGACGACCACAAGAGUUCAAACCAUUCUAGUGGUGCUGUCAGUGCUUUAGUCCACAAAGAGAUUACUGAAGCCCAGAGAGAUAUAGGCGCUUGGCUUUGA